UUUUCAUUGCAAUGUGAAACUGAGUACUUUUCGGUUUUCAACUUAGUCUCCUAAGUAAUCUCUUUUUGGGAGAUCUACUUGGUAAGCUUUUGAAAUUGUUUUCAUUUCAAAAGACUUGUUUCAUUUAAUAUUAUGGCCUCAAAAAGAGGUAAUGGUGGUGGAUUGCUUUCCUCAAUCAAGUCUAGCUUGUGGAAAUCUGGAAAGAUCCCUAUGAAUGAAUCCACAAACAGUCAUGGAGGAGUGGAAUUUGUAAGUCCAGAGGGAGACCCAGCUAAUGCAGCAGUAGAAGCUACUAAACAAAGAUGGAAGCCAAAGGAACGGCAAGGUUGGUGGAAUACCGCGAAGAAGUACAUUGGAAUGGAUGUUAUGUAUCUAAGCAUUCUUCCAAUCGCUCUUUUAGAACCAAGAAGCCAGCUUCAAAGAGUAGCAGAGUCGAUGGAGUACUCUAACUUUUUGGAUCGAGCAAAUGAAUGUGAGGAUCCUUAUAUGCAGUUGGUGUAUGCUUCAACAUGGUCACUGUCCUUCUUCUAUGCUUUACGCCGGACGUUUAAGGCAUUUAAUCCCAUACUUGGUGAGACUUACGAAAUGGUGAACCACGAUGGAAUUACCUACAUCGGAGAGCAGGUGAGUCACCAUCCCCCAAUUGAUGUUGUACAUGCUGAGAACGAACAUUUUGUGUUGGACUCCACAAACUGUAUAAGGACCAGACUGUUGGGAAAUUCACUUGAUAUCUAUCCUGGCACAAUAAUGCGUAUCACCCUUAAAAGAAAUGGUGUUGUCCUAGAGGGAACCCCUCCUAACGCAAAAGCAUACAACCUUAUAUUUGGUCGAAUGUGGAUUACUAUAUGUGGCGAGACAACCAUAACGAACUUGACCACUGGGGACUAUGUUGUGCUAAAGUUUCAACCGUCUGGCUGGUUUAGUGGUGCCCGGUUUGAUGUGGAUGGAUAUGUUUACAAUGCUGCCAAGGAACCUAAGAUAUUUAUGACUGGGAAAUGGACAAAGUCUAUGAGUUAUCAACCAUGUGACAAGAAAGGAAAACCGCUACCAGGAACCGAACUAAAAGAGAUAUGGAGAGUUCCUGAUGUUCCAGUAAAGGAUAAAUAUCACUUCACAUACUUCUCACACAAGGUAAAUAGCUUUGACACUGCACCCAGGCAGAUGUUAGCAUCAGAUUCCCGUUUACGUCCUGAUAGAUAUGCACUUGAGAAGGGAGAUCUAUCAAAAGUCAGCCAUCAGAAAAACAGGUUGGAAGUGAGACAGAGAAAGGAAAGGAAAAGGAGGGAAGCCAAUAUCGAUAAGUAUACUCCAAAAUGGUUCGACUUGACUGGAGAAGCAGUAAUUACACCAUAUGGUGAUACCCAAGUUUAUAAAUACAAUGGUAAGUAUGAUGAACACCGGGAAACAGUGAAUAGCUUAAACAUCAGCGCCGAUGAGGUUGAUGGGCAACCAACUGAGUUUGAUCCUUGGCAGUAUGGACAAGAAAAACUGGCUUGAGCCACCAAGAAGAUUUGCUGACUAAAGUUACCUUACAUUGCUGAAGAGUUAAUUUUGCAGGACUUAGGGGCUGCAGAUCUCAUUCUAGCGACACUAUACCAAUUUAAAAACCCAGUUGAUAUAGGGAAUUGAAAACCAUUCAGAAUUUUAAGUGUGUUUUAUUUCUUCUAAGAUCAGCGUAAUGAAAGAUGGCGUGUUUGCCUGCUUGGAAUGUGGAUGUGUCCUAAGAAAUUGAAACCAA